GAAGGCCACGUGGAGAUCACGCGGCUGCUUCUGGACGCCGGUACUGACAAGGACCUGCAGGGUCGCUCGGACCACACAGCCCUCAUGUGUGCAGCUGAGAAGGGCCAUGUGGAGAUCGCACAGCUGCUUUUGCAGGCUGGUGCUGACCACAGCAUUGAGAGCUGCGCUGGCUUUACACCCCUCAUGUUGGCGGCUGCCAACGGCCGCGUGGAGGUCGCACGGUUGCUUUUGGACACUGGCGCUGACAAGGACCUGAAAAGUCGCGGGGGCGAGGUUGCACAGUUGCUUUUGGCCAUUGGUGCUGACAAAGAUCUGGAGCUGGAGGGUUUUUUUGGCUACACAGCCCUCAUGGUUGCAGCUAAGAAUGGCCACGUGGAUAUCACACGGCUGCUUUUGGACGCUGGUGCUAAAAAAGACCUGCAGCGUAAUGACGGGUACACAGCCCUCAUGCUCGCAGCUAGGAAUGGUUGGGUGGAGAUCGCACGGUCGCUUCUGGAAGCCGGUGCUGACAAGGACUUGGAGAGUCGCUCUGGCAACACGGCCCUCAUGUUUGCAGAAGAGCGGGGCCACGGUGAUGUCGCAAAGUUGCUGAGGGCAAAGGCUCGAAAGAUCACUGGGCAAAGGGCGGUUCGGAGGACUUGA